GCGAUCAUUUUUCUUCAUGUAGGUAUACAAAAAUGUCAAAGCUUAAAAGUGUUUUGAAUACGAAAUGCCACAGAAUAUUUCGGAAGAGCUGUCAAAUCUGAACCCUUGCUUGCUGCGACCGCCACGGAAACUCUUCACAAACUGCAGAGAGCGCUGGAGGCAGCAGAACGUUAGUGGUGCGUUUGCGGAGCUUCGGAGACUGGUGCCCACUCAUCCACCAGAUAAGAAGCUAUCGAAGAACGAAAUACUCCGGAUGGCUAUCAGGUACAUAGGACUUCUUUGCGAGGUCCUGGAAUGGCAGAAGAACCACAGCGUCACCAAUAAGGAGAAUUCCGGUAGCUUGGCGAUCAAAUGUGAAUCUCCGCUGAGUCCUCAAUCCAGAAGACUUCGAUUAAAACGGCAGUGUUUUGACGAAGACGGUCCAAGAGCCAAACUGUACCACGAUCAAGAAGAGUAUUUCCGGUACGGCAACGAAGAAAAUCAGGAGUUGUUAAGAGGAAAGGGCUUAGGGAGACCGGAUUUGUAUUUCGGGAAGGAACACCUUAGGGUGUUGAGACACCAGUAUUACUAUUCGCCGAGGUGGAGACAGACUUACCCGUUCAGAAGUCUGGCCGAUCGCAACGGGAAUAACUUGCUGAUGAUCGCUCCCCUCCAGAAUGGGGGGAAAGAAGAUGUAAAGCCGAACGGUUGCAAAGAGAACGAGAAAGAAGAUAAAUAAGUAGCGUUUCAAAUGAUUUACGUUGUUAGGAUCUAAAUCGCGAUCUCGUAGAAAAUUAUGAAACAAAAUUUAGAAUUAGUUUCAGAAUUCUAUUUAUUUUUAAACCUAUUGGAGGAAGAUGGAGAAGGUGAUUCUGCUGAUGGGGCAUAGUAACUA